AUGUUCAAAAAUGAGUACCAGGGAGGUGCAUUUGUUGAAAUCUUUAGUGCUCAGGGCAAAAAUCCUGGAGCAAAAUGGAAGAUCCUUGGCAGUCCCUCUGUGAUUUGGAAAGAGUUUGAUAAAGAAGCUAAAAGCUUUGUGUUUGUCCUGGAAGGCAGCAGCCAAACAAACAAAAUCCAGUUACCAAAGGAGAAUAAGCAAAUCCUUGGACUGAUCCAGAGGUUUCUUGUACUUCAGAUUUACAUACCCUUGGGACAAGACUUCUCCACUGAAUUGCUAAUUACUGAUUUAGGGAACAUUAAAAGAAGAUUGUAUUUAUCAACGGUCCAUAAGGAACUGUCCUCAACUCCUCUCCAUGCAAAAAUCCCACUUUUCAUGAUCAAGCGCAAAAUUUGGUGCAAUCUAUGUAUAGACUUGGUAGCAUUUACCAGUGAAAUAUUCAAGGGAGCAGUUUUCCAGUCAUUGGAUGGAAUUAUUGUCUCUGCUAACUGUAAGCUACGGAAGAUCUUUACUUUAAAAUGCAAGCCUCAAGACACUGUUGAUAAAGACGAUCAGUUCAUUAACAAGGGAACAGGCAGUGUGCGUACCAGUAAAAAUCACGAUGUUUGUCAUAUCGCCUUUGGAUCCAGAGUACUUGGACCACCUCCACUCUCUGGCAGAAGAAAUAACAUGAGGAUAUACAGUGAGACAAUAAGAUCCAUUGGGUCCAGAAAUAACCGAUCAUGCCAACAGUCUAUGGCAGAGAACUGUGUUAGCAGUGCAGAAAUGUCAGCCUCACUGAUACCUGCGUCGGAGGAGCAAAGACAUAAAGAAAAUAUUUGCCAAAUAAAGCAGACCGUACCUAUUCAUGCUGAUCUGCAUGUUAUGCACCCACAUCCCCCUCAAGAACCAUCAGCAGAUAAGAAUAAUAACAGGAGAAGAUUACGAUUAAAAAGCACCAACAGAGAAAGGACAGAGGCACACCGAGGCUGUUCUUCAGGAAAUAACAGGAAUGAAGAUAAAGCGACAACCCCCCUCAACAGUGUGUCCCAACAGAAAGCAGAGAUGAACCCAAGCUCUCCAGCACCACAGUCUCCUGAUCAAGCAGAUGAGUGGAUAUUUCCUGAAAAUGAUCACAUUUCCCAUUUGGCAUCCAGCAGACAGUCUCUCCUUCUAGAUGAUGACUCCCGCCACGCUUCACACCUGUGGCUAGAAGCCAGCAAGGAAAGUGAACGUGACCAACUGGCAGAGGAAACCCAGGCUGUUCCAAAGGACAUUUUCACUUUUUCAUCAAGACCGCGAUCAGCACCUCACGGAAAAACUCAAACUCUGUCCCCAGAGGGGUGCCCAUUUAUUUUGGAUCUAAAAGAGGAUACCAGUGUGACAAGGAGAGACACUGAAUCGGAGGAUGAUUUUUAUGGCGGUGACAGCAGCGAAGAGGGUAACUACAGUAUCCAGGGUUCCUUGGGCCCAACAACUAGCCCUUCAGGGUUAACUCAGUUAACAGUAGAGAGCACGUGGGGGACGGCUACAAGGCGGACAGAUACAGGACCUCUAAAAAGUGUCUACGCAGAAGCAAGAGCAGCAGAAAGCCAGAAUUUCUUGGCGAAGCAGAUAGAUAGAAAAGACUUUCAAACGAGUUUGGUGCCUACACCAUGCCGUUCUCCCCCCAGAAGAAGUGAAUCCUCUCAGAAAACUCCAGAUGCUGUUAUCAAAGCAAAGGACCUACCAGCCCAUCAAGUACCAACUUCAAUAAACAAAACGUCCCUAAAGGAAAUCUCGGGAGAAAAGCUGAGACCGAUUCCUGAAGUAGCUGAAUAUGACUGGAGGAACUAUCAGCCCAGCCAGAUGAGUGAAUCUGAGUUGCAAAUGCUGGCCAGCCUGCGGCGGCAACAGAAUGAAGAACUGGAGGAUAUGGGGGCUUCCCAUGGCCUGAGUGCUUCCCAGGUGGACAACUGUAAUGUCAGCAUUAGCACCAGCAGUGACGACACAACCACCUGGAACUCCUGCCUGCCACCUCCCGUCAACCAGGGUCAUCAUUAUCAGCAAGAAAUGAAUCCACCUUCUCCUUCUAAUCCCCGGGACUGGUUAAAUAUGUUGAGCCCACCAAUUGUUCCUCCUAGUCAGCAGCCAACAGAACAGCUUCUGGAUUCUUCUGGAAGCUUGAGUGUUCAAGGUGAAGAAGAUCCGAGCAUGGAAGUGGAAGAGGACGAGGAAGUGCUGACUCUGCUCUAUGACCCCUGUCUGAACUGUUACUUUGAUCCCCAGACAGGGAAGUACUAUGAGCUGGUGUGA